AUGUUAAAAUUAGUUAGCAUAUUGCUGCUGACAUUGUUGUUAGUGAAAUCAACGGAAAUUCAUGGAACCAUUAAUGUGAAAGUUAUAUUACCUAAUUAAAUUUACACAUAAGAAUCAAGUGGACACCUUGAUAAUACAUAUAGAUAGAAUGAAUUACUAGAGAAUUCAGUAAUGAAAGAUGUUGCUAUGUAUAAAUGCAUUCUAUUCAGUUUAGAAGUUUUCUUGAAACAGGUAGGUCUGUAGAAGUGAAUGAAGUAAAGGAUAAAUCCAUAGAAAUUUGGUCACAAAAAUCAUUAGAAAUAGAAUAGCAACCUCAUAUGAAAGCAGAACAAUCAAAUGAAAAUUAAUAAAAUACUCAAGUCUAAUCUGAUUAAGUAAAUAAGGAAUCAGAAAGCUAAGAAAAGAAAAUUUCAAUUAAAGUACAAAAAAAAGACAAUAAAUAAGUUGACUAAUAAACUAAUGAUCCUAUUAUCAAUCAAAAUAAUGAUGUUCAAGCGAAAGAUAAUACAAAUUAAAUUGAUUAAUAAAGAGAAGCCUCAAUAUAAUAAAAGAAAUUUUCAGUUUCUGUAAGUAAAAAACAAAAAUCAGAGGAUUAAAAUGCUACUGAGUAAUAAUAAGAUAUUUAAAAUGAAUAACUUUAAGAUAUUAAUAAAGAGAAUGAAAAAUAAGAUGUUUAAUAAAAUAAUUAAAUAACAAAUAAAGAUGCUGAAGAAUAAUCUAAAGAUAAUGUUUAGAUCUAAGAACCAGUUGUAUCAACUGAUAAUUAAGAGAUUGGUAAUAAUACAGUAGAAAAUUAGAAUGUAGAUGCAAUAAUAUAAGAUGAAUCUAAUAUAUCAUCUAAAGAUAUUAAGGUAGAAUAAUAAUUGGAAUAAAAUAAAGAUUAAAAUUCAGUUGAGUCUUCAAUUGACAAUCUAAAUGAUAUUCCAGCUAAGACUUAAACAGAAUCAAUUUAAGAAUAAAAAGAUUAAAUUACAGUAUCAUCAUAAAAUGAGACAGAACAAUAAUAAUAAAAUGUCGUAUCAAAAGAAUCAUCUGAAAUAAAUACUUAAUAAUAAGAAUUGAAUACAUUAGAUGAUAAAAAUAUUAAUAAAAUAUCUGUUGAGAACAAUAAAGAAGAAAUUGAUUAAUUGAAAAAUGAUGAUGCUUAAAAUGAGGUUGUGAUUUAAGAUAUUAAAAUAGAAACUUAACCAAUUCAAUAAGUAGAAGACAAAUAAUAAACAGAUAUUAAUAAAGUAGAUGAUACAGAUAUUGUAGUCAAAUCAGACGAAGAAAUCAAAGUUGUUCCAAUCUAAUCAGAUUCUAAAAAUUAAGAUUAGGGAGAGGAAGAUUCUACUCCAGAUGAUGAUGUUGAUGAGGAAAAUUAAAAUAAUACAGAAACUAAACAAAAUUAAGAUGAUAAAAACUAAUCAAUUGAUAAUCAAAAUGAUUAAUAAAAUUAACCUAUUGAGGAAAAUACAUAAUGUGAUGGUGAAGAAUUAGACACUGUUCAUGUAUAGGAAAAUUAAAAUGAAACUUAAGUGAAAAAAGACACUUAAAAUACAAUUGAAUAAUAAUAAGUAGAAGAGGUUAAAUAAGAAGAAGCAGUUUAAAAAUAAGUAGAAGAAGUUAAAUAAUAAGAAGUAAUUAAAUAGGAGGAAAUAGUGUAAAAAUAAGAAGAAACAGUUUAAUAAUAAUAAGAAGAAGUUAAAUAAGUGGAAGUAAUUAAAUAAUAAGAAGAAGUUAAAUAAGUGGAAGUAGUAUAAAAAUAAGAAGAAGUAAUUUAAUAAUAAUAAUAAUAAUAAUAAUAAUAAUAAUAAUAAUAAUAAUAAUAAUAAUAAUAAUAAUAAUAAGUUAAUUAAAAGUUAAAUAAGAAUUCAGAAAAAUAAAAGUAAGCUGAAGCACCAGAUUUUAUGGUUAAGAAGAAUUAAUUAACUAAAAAAAUGAAAGAAGUUAUAAAUGAUAUGAAAGAAUCAGAAAAAGCUCCUUAAAAUAAAUUGUAUAGUUUGAAUGUUUCAAAUUUAGAUCCAGAUGAUGUAAUUGUAAUAAAAGAUACUUCAUACUUUGAUACAGAUGCUGAAAUAGCAGUUUAAGAAACAAAGAAUCCAGAGUAAUAAUUAAUUGGAGAGGUAAUAAAGGUUUAAGCUGAAGUUGAGAAAGUUGAUCUUAGUAUAUUUGCUAAUGAUAGUUCUGAUUUAGUUCCAAUUAUAGUUGAAGACACAGAUAAUUAUAUGUAAUCUGAAAUCAUUACUGAUGCAAUUAAGGAUGUGACUGAAAAGGAAAUUGAAAUAAUAGGAGAUUAGAAAUUAGGAGAAGCUAUAGUUGAUGUACAAUCUUUAAUUUCUGAUUAAGUAGAAAUCAAUGGUAAUUAAAUUACUAAAAAUAAUAUUGUCUAGAAUGAUUAUUCUUUGGAUUAUGAUUAAAUGGAAGCUGAUGUAAUAUUAAAUAAGAGUUUAAAUAAUGAUGGAACUACUUUUGAUUAAUUCUAAUCAUAAUUGGAUGAAUUAGCAAUGGAACUUGAUAAUCUUAGUUUAGAGUAACCAACUAAUGUUGAGUAAUAACCUAAUUUAGAAGAGACAAAAGUAAUUGACACAUAAUAGAGUGAAAUUGCAAAAGAAGAUUAAUAAUAUUUAACAAUUGUAACCAAUAAUGAUUCUACAAUUGAAAAUGCUGUUUUGGAUGAUGAUUAUUAUUUGGAUGAUUUAGAUAAUGAAUUAGAUUAAAUUAUAUAAUAAUAGACAAAUGUUUAAUAAGAACCUAUUGUAUAAGAAUAAGUAAUUUAAUAAAACAAUAAUGUUGAAUAUAAAGAUGAAGUUAAAUAAAAUUAAGAUAUUUAAUAAGAUAAUUAAGAUAUUUAAUAAUAAUAAUAAUAAUAAUAAUAAUAAUAAUAAUAAUAAUAAUAAUAAUAAUAAUAAACUAAUUAAUUAAAUGAUGAAAUUACAUCUAAUCAAAAUUUAGAUUAUGAUGAAAACCUUAAUAAUUAUAAUUAUAAUGAUAAUGAUUAUUAUUAGAUUGAUAAUUAAAAUGAAUAAGAUUUAUCAUAAGAUUAAAAUGAAUAAUAAGAAAUUCAAUAAGAAGAUAUAUAAUAAGAAGAUUUAGAAUAAGAAAAUGAAGAGAUAUACGAAACCUAAGUAUAAUCAAAUGAUGAAGCUGUUGUUAGUGAUGGAGUAAUGGUUUAUACUGGUGAUUCUUAUAGUAAUAAUGAUUUAGAAUCUGAUAUUAAUAAAGAUUAUGAUCUAUCAUUUGAUGAUUCAACUAAAUAGUAGGAUUCAAAUAUAACAUAAGAUUAAACAUCUUAGAAUGUUGAAACAAAUUAACAAACAAAAACUUAAAUAAAUGUAGAUAAACCAGAUUAGUAAAAAGUAGAAGUCUAAAAUUAAGUAGUUGAAUAAUCAUAAAAUUAAAUUACUGAAAAUUAAGUAGUAGAUAAUGAAUAAGAAAAUUAAGUAGUAGAUAAUUAGAUAGUUGUCAAUUAAUCUAAUUCUGAAGACAAUUAAGUAGAGAGUGUUUCAAAAUAAGAAACAGAAGUUUAAUCUAAUGUUUCUACUUAAUAACCAGAACAAUAAGUGUAAUAAUAAAUUGAAGAAUAAAUGGAUGAAUAAGAAAAUGAGAUUACUUUAGAAAAUGUAACUGCAACUGAGGAACCAAAAUCUGAGGAUUUACCAAAGGUUGAAAUCAAGAAGAAAUAAUUGGUGAAAAAAGAAAUUACUUUAAAGGAAGAAGCAGAUAAUAUAAUUACUAAUGAUGAUAUCAAUGGAGAAGGUACAGUACAAGAUGAUAAUAUUGAAGUUUUCUAUAAUGAUUCCUAAAUACCUUAAGCUGAAUAGGAGGUAGCAGCUAAAUCUGAACCAGAAGUUAUAGAGAAUCUUGAAGACUUAUAAGAUUGUAUUGAGAAUGAUAAGGAUGAAAAUACAGUUGAAAAUAAGGAUGAGGUUGUAAAGGAGAAGAAAGAGAAACAUCAUUCUAUAAAAGUUAGUAAGGAAUAGAACAAAUAAAAUAAGUAAUAGGAUAAAUCUUUGAAGAUUGAAUAAAAUGAGAAAUAAACUAAAUUUGAAGAAUAAUUACAUUAGUAAAUUAAAAACAAAAAAUAAAAAGAGAAAUAAUAAAUGAGUCAUGAAGAGUAAUUUGAUUAGAUUGUAAAUGAAUUAGUUCAUGAAUUAGAAUCAACAACUAAUAAAAGAGUUGAUAUUAGAGAAUAAGAAUAAUAAAUAUAUAAAGAUAUAAAAAAGAAUGUAGAAGAACUUAAAUAGAUUCAUAAUAGUGAUGAUGUUAUUAUAAAAAAGAGAAUUGAUGUAGUUGAAUAAGAUGUAGAUAUAGAUACUGAAGAGAGAAUUAAAGAUAAAGAAUUUUAAUAGAAAAUUGAAGAACUUUUGAAAACUUAAAAGACAUAAGUUGUUUCAAAGAAUAAAAUUAAUGAUGGUGAAAGAUAUUAUUUAGAUAAACCUGUUAAUUAAGCAGUUAGUGAUUAUGAAAAAGAAUUGAAUUAAAGAAAAUAGGAAGUUAUGGAGAAGAUUAAAAAUGACUUAUAAAUUAAAAAAGGUAGAUUUUCAUAGGACAAUUAGAAAUCAGAUAAUUUAUCUCCUUAUGAAUUCGAAAGAAUCUACUUAGAUUGGACUCAAAAUAAAAAUGAUAUUAUUUCUAGUAUGUUGUCUCAUGUAUCAGGUUCAGAAGUCUAAUUGGAAUCAUAAAUUUCAUAAGAACCAGUAAAUAAAGUUGAAAGAGUAUCUAAAAAAUAAGAAGUUGAAUAAGAAAUAUAAGAAUUAUUCUCAAAUUAUAAACCAAAUUAAUUAAAGAAAAAUGGAGGUAUUAAUAUUAGUAUUAUUAUUAUUUUAGAUUCAUACGAAAAAAGUUUUUUGGCAGUCAAUCAAUAAGUCAAGAAAUCUAAGAAUUUGCGAGGAAAUAAAUAAUGAUGAAG